AUGUAUAGAAGAACAUUUUUUAUAGCAGAUUCCUUUUCUAAUUUAAAGAUUCGAUUACUUAUUGUUCGUUUUAAACUUGAUCACGAGAAUUUGUAUGAUGUUGAAGAAUUAAACAUUUUGCAAAAGUAUAACAAUCAAAGCAAAUCUUUUGUGUAUGCUUUAAUGUUUUUCUUUGAUGUUAACUGCUUCUUAAUCGUUUUCCCACCAGUUUUAAAUGCUUUUUUAUAUUAUAUUGGUAUAUUGGAUGUUCAUCAAUUAACAUUACCAUUAACCGAAAAUAAUAUUGAUCACAUUCUUGAAUUUUCGGUAUUAUUGAAAAGUUUAAAAGACAAAAUUGAAUGUAUCAUUUAUGUAACUGGUUCAAUAUUUACUGUUUAUAUAAAUUCAUAUCUUGGGCAAAGAUUGUUGAAUCAUAGCAAUGCAGUUCUUGAAGAAUUAUGUAAUGUUCCGUUUUAUACGCUAUCUGUAAAAUCACAAAAAUUAUUAUUACUUAUGAUAGCAAGAAGUCGAAAGCCGAGUUUUCUAUCAAUUGGAAACAUGUUUGUCUCAUCUCACGAAGUUUUUGCUAGUCUGUAUAAACUUUUUACUACUAAAACGAUCGGACAAUCAACUAUUUUACUGAUUCAAAGAGUAAUAUCACUUAUUAUUUUCAAUGUUACUUAUAGUGUAGGAUAUUUUCGUUUCGUAACAAUUCAAUUACUUAUUGUUCGUUUUAAACUUGAUCACGAGAAAAUUUCCGAUCUUGAUGAAAUGGACAUUUUAAAAAAGUAUACCAACCAAAGCAAAUCUUGUGUGUAUGCUUUAAUGUUUUUCUUUGAUAUUAAUUGCUUCUUAAACGUAUUCCCACCAAUUGUAAAUGCUUUUUUAUAUUCCAUUGGUAUAUUGGAGGUUAAUCAAUUAACAUUACCAUUAACCGAAAAUAAUAUUGAUCACGUUGGGAUGAUGUAUUUUUGCAUGCUUAUUGGUCAAUCAGUAACAGUUUUAAUGACAAUAGUAGUUAGUAGUAUUACUCUUUCAACAUUUUUGGUUUUCAUUCAGCACGCCUGCUGUCAGUGUAGCAUUAUUAUAUUAAAAAUUCGUCAACCAUUUCAAAGUAAUCAGACAUCAGAAAAUAAAACGAAAUUUUUUAGUACACUUACGGAGGAAUACAAUUGGAUAGUCGAUAUUGUAAAUCGUCAUAGAAUAUCUAUUGAGUUUAUUAAGAUGCUGCGAAAUAUUUCAAACGCUACUUAUUUAAUUGUAAUGCUUCUCGCAACGAUUGUCAUCGUGGUUAACUUUUUAUGUAUUCUCAAAUUCUCAAUAUUUUUAAAAACUUUAAAAGAUAAAAUAGAAUGCAUUAUUUACGUUACUGGUUCAAUAUUUACAGUUUAUAUAACUUUUUAUCUUGGACAAACUUUGUUGAAUCAUAGCAACGCAGUUUUUGAAGAGUUAUGUAACGUGCCGUUUUAUACGCUAUCUGUAAAUUCACAAAAAUUAUUAUUACUUAUGAUAGCAAGAAGUGGAAAGCCGAGUUUUUUAUCAAUUGGAAACAUGUUUGUCUCAUCUCACGAAGUUUUUGCUAGU